GCAUCCAUAAAUAGUUAGAUCUUUCCAGUCCCUUUACACUAUUUUGUAUAUUGGCAUAUGUAAAUAUAUAUUACUUUAGUGAGGUUACAUUCAAAGUGUAAAAUCCUCUGAAGCGAAUAUCAAGAAACCACAAAUAGGGGACCAAAGGCCAAAAGGCCUGAACUGACAGGACAUUUUGGGCGGCUGCUUUGUUGGAGUCAGUAGCACAGAUCGUACGCCACACCAGUCAUCGUCUUUUGCUCAAGACCCACCAUAGAGUUUUGACAAUAUACUGGAUUUGUAACUUCCUCCGUGGUCUUUCACUUAAGGUUGGAAAGUGUUGACUUUGUCUGCAUUGCAUCAUGGAUCAGGAGGAUGACAAAAACUCUGUGGAUAUUCAUGACAAUCCUCCAGUCCCUGACAAUGUAGUGAGGGAGGAGGGAGACACAGUCUACUUCAUAUAUGAAGAGGAAGUUGAAGUGGAGGAAAAGGAACCAGAACCUCCCCCGGAACCCAUUCUUCGGAUCAAUGACAAACCCCACAAAUUCAAGGAUCACUACUGCAAGAAACCUAAGUUCUGCGAUGUCUGUGCUCGCAUGAUAGUCUUGAACAACAAGUUUUGUCUGAGGUGUAAAAACUGCAAAACCAAUAUCCACCAUUCAUGCCAAUCCUAUGUCGAGUUCCAGAAGUGUUUUGGCAAAAUUCCACCUGGAUUUAGAAGAGCUUACAGCUCCCCUUUGUAUGGCAGUGACCAACCCGAUCCAAAUAAUCCAAACCGGAAUGACCCCGUCUUUGACACCCUGAGAGUGGGCGUCAUAAUGGCAAACAAGGAGCGCAAAAAGAAUGAAAACGACAAAAAAAAUUUGAUGAUGAUGGAGGAAGAGGAGGAGGAGGAGAACCAACAACCCAAAGAGCAUGAAGAAGGAGGAGAAGGGAAACCUGAGGAUAAAAAAGAAAAAGGAGGAGACAAAGCAGAUGACAAGAGUAAGGGCACAUUCACCGGAUCUCACUAUUACCUAGCUCUGUACCGCUUCAAGGCCAUUGAAAAGGACGACCUUGAUUUCCACCCUGGCGAUCGGAUCAUAGUACUAGAUGACUCCAAUGAAGAGUGGUGGAGGGGGAAGAUGGGCGAGAAGACGGGCUACUUUCCAACAAACUACAUCAUAAAAGUCCGAGCAUCAGAGAGAGUUUUUAAGGUGACCCGCUCCUUUGUGGGCAACAGAGAGAUGGGACAAAUUACCUUAAAGAAAGAUCAGAUUGUGGUAAAGAAAGGAGAUGAAAAAGGGGGCUACCUGAAGGUCAGCACCGGACGCAAGUUGGGCUACUUCCCUGCUGAUUUGCUCGAGGAAAUCACUGUGACAUGAAUUCAGGAAAAUGUAACUGUAACAGGACUGCAGCGCAUGUAACAUAUGUUUUCUGACUGUUAGUUUCAGGUUGGAUAUUCUACAGACAUUCAGCGUGGAUCUCCAGUGGGGUCUCUUAGGGACCCUCAACAAAUUAAGGAGAAGAUUUUAGAUCAAACCCAAGACUAAAUGCUUUGCAAAGAUAAAUAAAUUACUAUAAAUCAUUUUCUCA